AUGGCUUCUUCAGAGCUUCCAUCUGAUAUGGCUUUCGAGAUAUUAACUCGAACUUCCUUGGAAACAUUAGAUGCUUGCAAAGUAGUUAACAAGACAUGGAAAAACUUGACAUAUAAAUUAGGUUUUAUGCAAGUAUAUUGUCACAGAACAAAUAAUAUUUUAGGUUACUUCGUUCAAGGUUUAGAAAACAACAAGUACGUUACAGAGUUUGUUUCAAUGGACGAUUGCUCUGGAAAAGAUCCAUUGCAUCUACCAGUUGAAACCUUGAAUAAACCUAAAUAUAAAAUUUUCAACCAUUUUCACAACACAAAGAUCGAGGCAUCUUCAAAACAAGGGAUUUUGUGUUGCGUGAGAAGAAUAAAGAAUCGUAAUCAUAUGUACUACAUUUGCAAACCUAGUACCCGAGAAUGGAAAGUGUUGCCUAAUCCAAAAACGAGGUAUCAAACUGUCAAGGUUGCUCUAGUGGUACUCAAAUCAAGUCCUUUACAUAUCAAGAUUAUUCGUUUGUCACAAGACUUAUCACCACCUCGUCGUAGGCGCUUGGGACUUGACAAUUAUUGUUGCGAAAUCUUUGACUCUGAGACUUUUGCCUGGAGACGAACAAAUAUAAUCUCACUCCCUUACGAUGUGUUUUUCGAAUCCUCUUGUCUCCCUAUUAAUGCAAGUGGUUUAGUUUAUUUUCUCACAGAUGAUGAUCACGUAUUAGUCUUAAACUAUAAUGGCAAAGAAGCUCGUUCAAGAUUCUCACUUCCAGAGUCAGUAACCGAAAACAAAGAUUAUACAGACAAAAAACUGGUGGAGUACGAAGGGAAGUUGGGAUUUAUUUGUCUAUCGCCGAAUGAAAUGUUAGAGCUUUGGUGUAUUGACAAUACAAGAAACCAUUUGUGGAAUAAGGAGAAAGAAGUGGAGAUUGAAACCGUUAAAAGUGUGAUGAAAUAUCCAAGUCCAGUUGAUUUCUACGAUAGUGAUAUUGCUCUAAUGAUGGGUUUUGAUAAAUUGGUGUGUUAUAACCAAAGAAAUACAAGAUUUGAUGUGGUGAAAUUGGAUAGGUCAGACUAUAGUGAAAUAUUUCCUUUUCGUUCGGAUAGAGAACCAAUUGGUUUAAAAACGAUAGGGGAAAAUAGUGGCUAA